AGCGCCUUUAAAAGCUGUUGCUUCCAGACAGCUCCCUUCUGUGUCUGCCUGGCAUGGUGAUAAAGAUGGGCUGGCUUCGGUCGCUCUCACUCCCCACUUCUGGUUAAGCCUUUCCUCCGCACAGAUGCGUGAAGAGGGCCCUGCUGCCCUGGCAGGAAGGGACUGUCCAGAGGUUCCCCAAAUCGGUGUCUCUCUGGAAAAAGUGGAGUGUCUCUUCCAUCAGUUUUUGCAAGAAAUGUUCAAGAAGCCAUCGACAAUUAUACCUGUGAGACACUUUCAUCACUUUCACCUAGUGGUUGCACAACACCCACGGAGCUGAAUAAUUCUUGGUCUAUAAACAGCUAUACUACUAGUUUGUCUACUGAAAGAAGUUCGGUUUACUCCUGGCGGGAUGAUGAAUUUGAUAAAGCCAACACACAGAGAGUGCAUCAGUUAUUUUGGGAGAUUGAUGAAAUGCUGUUUGAAGGAAAAGUGACCUCCCAAACAGAGAACCUGCAGGCAGAAUGUGCAGAUUGGGUUGAACAAUUUCCUCAUAUAAGGGUUCUAGGAAAGCAGCUUCUAGUGCCAAAGGAUGAAGGCUUUCAGCAUUUUCAGAGCAGAAAUGAUGCCCGUGUAGAUACUAAGUGUGUGCCUGGCCUCCUUGAAUGUACUGGUCAUACAAAAGAACUCUGCAUCUCAGGCUCUAAAUUGAUCCCAACAGUAUCUCCAGUACAUACCGCACUGGAUGCAAGUUCCACUGGGGUUUCUGCUUCAGACUCAGCCACGUAUUCCUUCCUGGAAGAAGAAAUUUACGAUGAGGAUGGAAAAAUAGAGGAAUAUCUUGCCUUUGACAACAAGGAACUUGAGGAUGAGAUUUGGGAACAAAAGAAAAUGCGUCUUUCUGAGAAGAGGUGUAAGCGUGGCAUUCCCCCUGUUUCUCCCAAUGCCUGUAUCAAAGAUGCUGUGGCUUCUGAAGUGUUUGAUCAUAUCUGGAGCAGUGUCAUUGGAAUAUUGGAGGAACUGAUUAAAAAAAAUUGGGAAACUAGUAUCCCAGAGUGUGACCAACAAAUAGAAAAACUGAAAACUGUUACAGCAAAACUGCCACAUUUGCCAGUCAUUCAUAUUACAGCAGAUGCUGGGACCAUUCCUCUUUCCAGAGGCUCUGAAGCACAAACUGUAUCUUUUGGGGCUCAUUCGGUUUCAUCGCAGGUUUACCGUUUCUCCAGCAACUUCUGUAGUGAUCUGAGUGGUGUGAUGACAAUUCAAGCAAAACCGCUCCAACAGAGGCAUGCUGCCAUAGCAGAAAAAACGCAGAAUGAGCAAGAAGACAAACAGCAUACCAGUGCCUCCAGCACUCCAAAUUCAGCACAUGCUAGGUUGGGGAGAAUUUCUGAUAACAGUAUUCUUUCAGCAUCUCCGGCUCUACUGGCAUCCUCUAGGAAAGUAGCAAGGUUACCUUCUCUGACCUCUGACCAGCCCUGCUCAGAAGUUCCUAAUAUGCACAAUGAUGAAAUCCGUAAAGGGACAAAAUUGGUUGGCAGCAGUUUAUCUUCUGCUCGUGCACCUGCAAAGCGGAACAAGUUACCACCAAUAAACUCCGAAGCUGUUGAACAUGUUUCAGUACCUCAAAUGCAACAGAGCCCUCAUCAAGAACGAUAUACCCAUAGCAGAGUGUCAAGUGCAGUAGCUGGCAGGACAGAGCAAAGGCCACUCAGAGAAAGACCUGUUACUGUUCAAUUUUCAAGACCCAACACAACUCAUACAUUCAGGAGAGACACACCUCAGAAGAAGUCACUGACUCCCGUGGAUUGUGCUAACCACAGAAGGACUGGUCAAGGAUUUUUGAUAACAGGUUCACAGAAUUACUCCAGAUCCUUUCAGAGAAAUCCUCCAACCUCAAAGAAGAGAUUUCAGAUCGCUUCUUAACCUGUUUUAGGAAGAAACAGAAACUCCCUGCACUGACUGAAAGACUGAAGCACCAAAUUUGCCACUUAGUAUCUUGUGUAACAAAGAAGGUGUGCAUAUGCUGGUGUCUGCUGAGCCUUGCAAUCCUCAGGAUGCCUGCAUUACCUUCUUUUAAAAUUACUUGACCAGAGCUUAGAUUAAAAAAUAUAGCAAAAGGAAAUAAAUGGUUGAGGUGUCUGCUCUGUUUGCAGUAUCAAGAGACUGUGCGCUUUCUUCUCAGGCAUUCCUCCUUUCUGUGCCUUUCCUAAGAAAUUGUUUUUCAACCUAUCAAAUCAGAUCUGUUUAGAACAUAAGGGGUACUGUUCCCACUUUUUUUGUUUCAUUAAAGAUGUUCUAGUCUAUCUAAAUAUUAGUCAUAUAGAAAAUUUAUACUUCUAAACAGAAGUUUGCAGUACUUCCUCUUUAACUGCUGUUUUAACAUUUCUCCAUUUUUCAGUCUGUCUGCUUAUUAUUAUAUUAUGAUACUAUUUUAUCUCUUACAAGUAUUAUCUGUACCAGCCUUUUUUUCUUUCUUUAAUUCUUUCGAAAUCUCAUUUAUUGCUGUUCUAAUCAUCAGUAACUGCGGGAACUGCUGGGAUAAACUUGUUUACAGCAAAUAAUGUUUUCCCUGCCAAGCCAGGCCUUUAUAGAUGCUGAGCAAAUGAACCACAUGCUGACAAGCUGUAAGGCCAUUCCCACUUUUUGAGAUUUCUUGCGCAAAUGAAGAGAAGAGCAGAACAACAAGCUUCUGCAGCUUAAAAAGAAAGAAUUGCUAAUUACUAGGGCAGCAAUGAAUUGCUAUCAGGUGACAAGAGAUAGGAAGAGGGAUGUUUGCUGUCUAUCAGAAGUAUUUUAACACUUCUCCCUUUUGGUCAGCCUUUGGGCACCUGACAAUCACUGGUCAUCUUACAUCCUGAUAACCAUUAUAGACUCAUUCCAGGUUGGAAGUGACCUCAAGGAUCAUCUGGUCCAAUCUUUGUUGGUGAAAGCAGUCUGGGUGAGAUGGCCCAGCUGAAUCUUAAGUCUCCAAUGCUGGGGAAUCCACCACUUGGCACAUAAUGGAGAGAUUAUUCCAAAGGCUGAUUAUUCUCAUAGUGAAAAGUUUUCUCUUGUAUCCAGUUGGUAUCUUCCCAGGUGUAACUUGCACAUAUCACUCCUCACUUUUCCAUAAGACUCCUUAUGAACCGGGAAUCUCCAUCUUCUUAGCAGACACCCUUUAAAUACAGGAACACAAUGAUAAGGUGUGCUUAAGCUUAUUUUCUCCAAGCUGGACAAAUCCAGUUUUCGCAGCCUUCACGUGACAGGCUACCCAGUGAUUUGGUCAUCUUUGUUGCCCUUUAUGUCACCUUCUCUACCCUGUCACAUCUUUCUUGUAUAGCAGGGACCAAAACUGAACACAAUAUUCAUAUGUGGCCUGACCAGAACUGGUUAGAAUGCCAUAGUUACUUUAUCUCUCCUGUCAUUGAUGCAGCCAAGUCUUGUAUUGGCUUUCUUUGCUGCAGCAACAAACUGUUCACUCACACUGAACUGCUUGUCCACCAGCACCCUCAGGUCCUUUUCCAUAGAGCUGUUCCCUAGCCAGGUAGAUCCCCAACCUGUGCUGCUCACCUGGAUUAUGUUUUUCCAUGUGCAGAACCUUAUAUUUGUCCUUAUUGAACAUCCUAAUGGUCUUGUUUGCCUAAUUUUCCAUCCUGUCCAGGUUGUCCUGCAGGCUGGCUCUCCCUUCCAAAGUGUCCACUGCCUCAGUCAGUUUGGUAUCACUGACAAACUUCAUCUGGGUACACUUGAUCCCAUAAUCCAAACCACUGAGGAAGGUACUAAACAGCCUUGGGCCCAGUAUCAUUCCCUGGGGGACUCCACUUGAGGCAGUUGCCAGGGUGAGAGGGAGCAAUUUACCACCACCUACAAGGUCAGCCAAUUUCCAACCCACUGCAUGGAUCACACAUCCACACCAUCACAUACACAUAUCUGUAGGAGGAGGCCAUGGGAAACCAUAUCAAAAGCCUUGGAGAUAUCCAGGUAGACAAUGUUCACUGCAGACCCCACAUCAGCCAAGCAGGUUCAUUUGUUGUAAGAGGCAAUCAGGUUUGUCAAGCAAAAUUUGUCCUUUGUCAAUCUGUGCUGGCUUUUCCUAAUCAUGAGCUCCAUUUGACUUCUAACAGCUCCCAGGAAAAUUUGUUCCAUAGGUUUCCCAGGGACUGAAGUUAGAUAGAUGGGCCUGUAGUUUUCUGGGUCCUCUCUGAAGUCCUUGUAGACAGGAGUGACAUCAGCCUUCCUUUAGUCUUCUUGGAUGUCCUCCAAAUUCCACAUCUCGAAAAUUAUGGAGAGUGGCCUCAGCUAUAUUGGCCAGCUUUCCUUUGUUGGAUACUGUCAGAGCACAUCAGUGUGUAGAGGUCAAGCUCCUGUAAUAGUUCACACAUCAACCCUUCCUUCACAGAUAGUGGAUCUGUGUUUGCAUCAGACAGGAUUUUUUUCCAAAGGCCUGGUGCUGAUGGAAGGACAAAGGUGAAGAAAGUGUUGAGUACCUCUGCCUUUUCAGCCUUGGUGACUAAUUCAUCUCUCCUGUUAAACAGCAGGAAAAUACUUUGUUUCUGCUUGUUUACAUACCUGUCCUGGUUUCACCUGGCACAGAAUUUAUUUUCAUCCUAGUACCUGGCACAGUGGUGUGUUUUAAAUUGGUAUGAGAAAAACGUUUAUUACACCCUAAUAUUUCAGUUCUUGCUAAGUUGUGUUUGCCCAGCAUCAAAGAUUUUCAGUGCUCCAUGCCCUGCCAGUGAAAGGUUCCACAUGAAGCUGUGAAAGAGCCUGGCCAGGACAGCUGACCCCAACUGGUCAAAGGGAUAUUCCAUACCACAGAAGGCCUUGCUCAGUACAUGAACUGGGGGGGGUGGCUGGGAGGGACCUAUUGCUGUUUAGGGGUGGACUAAGGUCAGUGGGUGGUAAGGAAUUGUUUUGUGUAAUUGCUUGUGUUUAUUAGGUUUUGUUCUUUUCUCUUCUUUCCCUGUUUUCAUUUUACUUUAUUAUAUUUCAAUCAUUAAACUUUUCUUAUCUCAA